AUGAAAGUUGAUGCAUUUCAAAAACAGAUAAUAAGGGAAUUGACAGUUGACGUGAGCAAGAGCCAAUUGUACAGAGCCAAGAACAAGGCUAAGGAAAUGAUUGAGGGAGACCACUUUGUGAUGGGCUUACUAGCUGGUUGUGGGCCUAUGAUUGGGUUGGAUGGAGCUUUUCUGAAGGGUUUAUAUGGGGGACAAAUUCUUAGUGCAAUUGGGGUGGAUGGUAACAACAACAUGUUUCCUAUAGCCAUAGCUGUGGUAGAGGCAGAGACUAAGGAGUCUUGGACUUGGUUCUUGAACAUAUUGUUGGAGGAUAUUGGGAGUGUGGAGGAGAGGGGAUGGACAUUUAUCUCAGAUAGGCAGAAAGGCUUGGUAGAGACAUUCAAAGAGCUAAUGCCAAAUGCAAAACAUAGAUUCUGCCUUAGGCAUUUGUAUGCAAAUUACAGAAAGAAAUUUAGAGGUUUGGAUAAGGGGGCACACAAGUGGUUAAAAGACAUUCCAGCUGAGCAAUGGUGUAGGUCCCAUUUCAGCUCCAGAAGCAAGUAUGACUAUUUGGUGAACAAUCUAAGUGAGUCAUUCAAUAACUACAUUUUAGAAGCAAGGGAUAAACAAAUAAUUUCCAUGUUGGAAUGGAUAAGGAGGAAGGUUAUGAACAUGUUUCAAAUUAAAAGGAUGGGAAUGGAGAAAUAUAAUCAAGCCAUAUGUCCAAGGAUCAUGGGCAAAUUAGAUGUAAUGAAGAAGGAUUCAAAGGACAGUUUUGCACACUUUUGUGGUGAGUACAAGUUUGAAGUGGAUUGCCAUGACACAACCUACACUGUGGAUUUGAAGGAAACGACAUGUAGAUGCAGACAAUGGGAUCUAAUAGGAAUACCUUGUAAACAUGCAUGUGCUGCUAUUGGACUUAACAAGCAGAAGGUAGAGGAACAUGUGCAUCCUUGCUACAGCAGAGACACAUAUUUGGGGGUAUACCAACACAUGAUUCAGCCAAUUCCUGGCAAACAUGAUUGGGUGAAGUCUAACAAUGAGGAAGUCCUUCCUCCCUUCAUGAGAAGGCCAAGUGGCAAGCCUAAAAAAGUAAGAAGAAAGGCUGCAGAGGAGGCUGAGGAUACAAGGGCAGGUUUGUCUAGAGCAGGAAGGUAUAUGCCAUGUUCAAAAUGUUUGCAAAAGGGUCACAAUCUCAGAUCAUGUAAGAAUCCAAUCCACCCAAAUUCUAAGCUGCUAAAGAAGAGGAAUCCAUCACAAUCUUAG